AUCGCCCGAGCCUUAGCAGUUUUGAAACUGGGGGUCGGGCUCGGCUGUCGUUGUCUGUCGCUGCGGCCCUGCUUCCGGGCUAGGCAGUCCCUGCCCGCCCCCGCCCCGCCUCCCUUCGGACCCCUGGGUCCCAGGCCCGACUCCCCCACCCGACUCACGCACCGCUUGCCGCAGCCCGCUGCCGACCCGGCCCGCACUGCGGCCCGGCCGCCGCUACCAUGUCCCUUCACGGCAAACGGAAGGAGAUUUACAAGUAUGAAGCGCCCUGGACCGUCUACGCCAUGAACUGGAGCGUGCGGCCCGACAAGCGCUUUCGUCUGGCCCUGGGCAGCUUCGUGGAGGAGUACAACAACAAGGUUCAGCUUGUUGGUUUAGACGAAGAGAGUUCGGAGUUUAUUUGCCGAAACACCUUUGACCACCCGUACCCCACCACAAAGCUCAUGUGGAUCCCUGACACAAAAGGCGUCUAUCCAGAUCUCCUGGCGACAAGUGGUGACUAUCUCCGUGUGUGGAGGGUUGGUGAAACAGAGACCAGGCUGGAAUGUUUGCUAAACAAUAACAAGAACUCAGAUUUCUGUGCUCCUCUGACCUCCUUUGACUGGAAUGAAGUGGAUCCUUAUCUUUUGGGUACUUCCAGCAUUGAUACGACUUGUACCAUCUGGGGACUGGAGACAGGGCAGGUGCUGGGUCGAGUGAAUCUUGUGUCUGGCCAUGUGAAGACCCAGUUGAUCGCCCAUGACAAAGAGGUCUAUGACAUCGCGUUUAGCCGGGCUGGGGGUGGCAGGGACAUGUUUGCGUCUGUGGGCGCUGACGGCUCAGUGCGGAUGUUUGACCUCCGCCAUCUAGAACACAGCACCAUCAUUUACGAAGACCCACAGCAUCACCCGCUGCUGCGCCUCUGCUGGAACAAGCAGGACCCUAACUACCUGGCCACCAUGGCCAUGGAUGGAAUGGAGGUAGUGAUUCUGGAUGUUCGAGUUCCCUGCACGCCUGUUGCAAGGUUAAACAACCACCGAGCAUGUGUCAAUGGCAUUGCUUGGGCCCCACAUUCAUCCUGCCACAUCUGUACUGCAGCGGAUGACCAUCAGGCUCUCAUCUGGGACAUCCAGCAAAUGCCCCGGGCCAUUGAGGACCCAAUCCUGGCCUACACAGCUGAAGGAGAGAUCAACAACGUGCAGUGGGCAUCGACUCAGCCCGACUGGAUUGCCAUCUGCUACAACAACUGCCUGGAGAUACUCAGAGUGUAAUGUUGGUGGCACCGUGCCCAUGAUGCAGGGGCUUGUGUGUUUCCCGCCUCUGCCUCACCCCAAAGUAAGAAGAAACGUGUUUCCGGUGGCCAGUAUGUCUUUCAUUGCUUUGCACCCACUGUUCCCAGAAGCUGCUCGAGGAGUCCUGGCCGGUCACUCCAUCGCUUCUGUGCCCGACUCUGUGCUGUGGCGCCUCCUCAGCCUAAGGCUGAGUUUUAAGAUUUUCUGUCCUUUCCCCUUCUCCUUUGGUUCCUCAAUUAAAAAUGUCUGUAUAUGUGUUUGUCAGCCGUUGUGUUAAUGAGCAUUACAGGCACUGGCUAUGUUUGUAUUCAUCUGCCCCAGAUGUGUGUGUGUCUGCUGCCCAAGGCAGCAAUCUCUGUCCAUGUCCAUGGUAGCACUUAAAUGGGAACAAAUACCAAUUUGAAGUUCUCUUUCCUCUUACUAACGUCUAUAACAACUUUCAACUUUGUAUAUUUUUUAUCUAUCAGGCUAAGUUUUUUUAUGAGAAGAAUUUUACUCCUUGGCUUCCUCCUUUGAUUCGUAGUCCUCUCUGCUAGGCCCUUCCUUUCUCCUCUCAGUGCCCAGACCUGGCCCUGGGCCCUUGAACCUGUGAGCAGUUUGCCUUGAAUCCCUGCCUGAGCAGAACGUACCUGAUGGGGAGCUCCAGACCACCGUGGUGCUCUGAAGUCAGCCAGCUCUCACACCUUUUCUCAGCCUGGCUCUUCUCAAGGGCGUUCUGGGCUCCAGAAUAGACGUGUGAAGCCCUCUGUUACUCCCUGAAGUACUUCUGUCCAACCCCACGGGAAUCUUUUGGGAACGUGCUAGAGCUGAGAUAGACGGGCUGAUUGCAGUACCUGACUUGAGGGGGAUAGUUUCAGAAAAGCUGAGCUUAGAGCGUAUUUCCAGUACAUGGUUUCAGAAUCUGUUUUCUCUUCAAAUGUAAGCCCCAGGCCAUUCUCUUUCAUGUCUUGAAUGAUAGGUAAGAAUGAUCUAUAAGCCGAGCUUCAGUGUCGCUGUUUGUUUAGUUUACCGUGGCUGGUGGUGUAUCAGCCACUCUUUGGAUUGAGUGCUCUAAGGGGAGAGACACCUUAAGAGGCCCACAGCCUAUGCGUCUAACCCUGAACAAGAUCUCCUUUAGAGUGUGGGAGACUGGCAGCUCCUGUGAGGGAGGGACUGUAGGCCAUUAUGGCCCCAGGCCAUCAAGUGAAUAGAUAGCUACAAAACAAUCAGAGACCCCAAGGUCAGCCAGGUAAGAGCUCUAUGCAUACCUGUCAACUGGCCCACCCCCACUUGAGGUUCUGAGCGGUAUUGGACUUGUAGGCUGCAGGUGUCUGUUUCCGCUACGUGAAUGAGUCCCAUGGAGAGGGCUUGUGUGUGAUUCCAGUGGCACAUGAAUCCUUGGGCAGGCUGAGUUUGGGACAUGCUCAGAGUCUGGGUUGGAGUUUGCCUGGUUCAUUGUGUUUUUGCCAAGUGCCCAAAGGUUUCUGAGACCCCUGGACGUGUGAAUCUGAGAGUAGGAGAGGAGCAGACCUUGAGACCGAUGGUUUUGUCCACUUAGGCUCUCACCUGCUCUUGAGAAACAAACAGCGUUGUUCUUCUGAGCCCUCAAACUCCUGGUUGAGUGUCCUGUUCAGAAGCAGAUGUAUUUGUACCCCCAAAGCCACAGCUCUCCCUUACCACACGGGCUCGUCCCAAAGAAAAUGGCUCCUUUUCAGUCAGGGUAUUUCCCUUUCUACCUUUUGACGUUUUCAUUCUGAUUUGGGGGCUCUUUGGCGUCUGCUUGAGGUUUACUCGCCUGCAUUUACCGCCAGAUGUGCGCUGUGUCAUGUGGAGAUGUCAGGUGAGCCUCCUCAGCUUGUAAUUGUGAUCGAUGGUGCCAUGGUAGCAAGUCUAAACUGAUGGUUGCUUGCUCUAGGAGGCCGUCACUUCCUCCUGUGGAAAAGAGUCUGACACGGAGGUCAGAGUGGUAGAGGGAGCUGGUCCUGCUGGGCCUGAGUUCUGAGUUCUGAGAUUGUGUUCCUCAUCUGCGCUUAAACGGGGUCUAAAUGGCGAGAAGAUUGUUAACUGGAACUCAAAGACAACCUGGAGACAAAACAACUAGUUAAUGGUAAUUAGACUGUAUUUGCGUAGGUCGCUUUGUACUCUGCAAACCAACAACUUUUGGUAGUUUCUGUUUUGUUUUCCCUGCCCCGCCAUCCUCCUUGCCAUGCCCCUGCAGUCAGUCCUCUUCCUCCACCUUGUCCUGACAUCCCACCUGGGGCCCAGGUGAGACUGCCAGUCUCCCUGAGCAAACACACACACACUCACAGUUGCUGGGACGCAGGUAUUUGGAAGUCCCCGCUCUUACCCUCUUGAUGCCACAGGCCAGAUGGCCUGAUGGCUGAGGAGGGGAUUUCUGUAGUCUCAGGAUUCGGAAAGCCUCUUAGUCAGCCAUGUUCCAGGAAGCAGAGGUCUGUUGUAGUUUGAAGAGCAAGUGUCUGUUUAACGUGUUUAGGUUCUCAAAUUGACAGCCAGAGAGCAUGGAUCUCCCGAGUGUGAGAAGAGCAGCUGCCGGACUUCAUUGGGAGGCCACGGAAGUGCCGUGGGCUCUGGCUCGGCUGCUGGGGGCCUGUUGACUUGCUCUUGGCCCCCUGAGCUGAAGCUGCCUUUGUUUUCCUUGUCUGCUCGGAGGGGGAAGGGACGAAGAUGCUGAGUAAAUGAGGCCUCAGGUUCCACAUCAGAGAGCUGGCAAAGGGGUACAAGUCCUUCAAGAGCUUGAGUGUUCACACUCUGGAGAGUUGGAACCCUCUCCUUCCAGACAGGCUGGAAGAUGAGGGUUUGAAGGGGGAAGAUAUUUGAUAACUAGGUGAGAAUUUCUUAUCAGAACCAGGAUCAGCUCUCAGAGAACUAGUUAAGAUUUGGGAAGAAACAGAAAAAAGCUGAGACUCCUGCUAGAUUUUGAUGAUAGUUAUGAGAGAAAUUUUAGAAGGAGAUUUAGGAUGUGGGAGAAAAAUCAAUGGUGUUUCUUUAGAUCAAAGGAGAAAAUAUUAGAGGGCAGUAAUGGCCUGAGGUGGAGAAGUAUUCAGAAUAUGCCAUGUGGCCGUGGAGUGAGACUGUGCCCUUGGCCUGUAUUCAGCCUUCCUGGACCAUUCAUCGAGUGUGACACUGGAUAACUACGGAGGCAGAAUGACAGCUCAUGGCAGAGGAGCCCCUCCCUGUAUCAAUGCAGCCAUAGGUGAUGAUUGGUGGUAGAAAUCUUCAGGUAUUGGGAGUCCUGUGAUGGUUCCAGACUGAUGUUCUUGGUUGUAGGUUUGUAGAGAGCAGCAGAGGUUGUAAACAGUCAUGCUGACUUCGUCACCCCACACACUUUUCUUUCCCUCUUUUCCCACUCCCUUCCCACUGUACAACUUUCUCCCUGCUGCAAACUGGGCCUUGAAUUCCUAGGCUGUAAGAACAUGUAGUUGCUGCAGGGUUUUCCACACAUGGGAGGACCAGCCCGGUACCAUCUCCGCCUUCCGAGUUUGAGAAUAUGGCAGCUCCUUCAACUGCCUGGCUUGGGGUGAGGGAGACCAUUGAAGUAGAAGCCUCAAAGCAGACUCUCCCCUUUACUCUCUGUACUCCAGGAUGAGGUGAGAGGGUCAUGCCUGGCAUUUCAGUUGGGCUUUCCCUGGGAGGACAGCUGAAUUGAGCAGUCACUGUGAACUCCAGGCCCAGCUCUCUGAUCAGCUUUUCUGUAUUGGCUGAGCCAGCACUAAGUGUCUCGUGUUGCAGAGCCUUGCCCAUCUCUCCCACCUGCACCAUCUUCUCCCACAGUUGUCUUUGCUGCUAAUGGUCAGAAUCAAAUGUAUGGCCACACGAGACGAGCCAGGUCCUCUCAGGCUCCUUUCUGGAUGUUAUUUUAUAAAUAUGGAAACGUGUAGGUGCCUUCUCAAAAAGGCUUGGACUGGUAUAUCAAACCAGAAACAAAUAAGCUAAUGGAAGUAUGAACUCAAGAAGAAAGAUGUUGGCAGUCUGUGUAACAGCUGGAAAACUUACAAGUAUCCACCUUUGGGACAACCCAGUGAAUAUGAACUUGUGAUACCUGCUAUUUAAAAGAAACGUUCUCACCUUGGGUUGAUUGUGGUAUACAGUGUGUUACAAAACUUGUGGAACUAAAGCUUUGACUUGCUUGAGUUGAGUAUGAAUCAUUUGCUUUUGUUCCUGUGUAUUUUAUGACCCCCCCCCCGUCAGUGACUUUCCAUCCCUCCUCCCCUAGUGUGAAUUUGUAGCAUGAUUGUACAAACCUCUAUGUAGAAAAUGGAGAUUUCUCGUUCUCUGAAAUGUUAAGCUCUAGCCAAUCAGUAUCUGUCCCCUUUAGCCUAGUCUGAACUGAUUUUCUUAUUGUAUAUUUAAACUUUCCCUCUGUACUGUAAGUUUUGUGGCAUCCCACGGUCAGGUGGAGAGGAAGCUGCCCCUUACAGAACUGUACUGUAACUUUUUCUUUUUAAAACAUUAUUUUCACAGGACUGAUUGUACACAGGGCUUGUAAUAAAAUUUUAACACUGUGUUGUGAAAAAACCACGAUGGUAAAUCCCCAUUGAAGGCUACUUCAAAGGCACCUGAAAGUGGAGUGUUAUAUCUAUGACUUUAUUUCUUGCUUCCUGAGUAUAUUAAACCUAAUUUUUGCCCUUUCAUUCUGUUUGAGCCUCCUAUAUAAGAAGUACCGUAUUUUCUGCCCAUCAUACUUUGUAAUAAAACUUGAACAUGUAUAGAUUGACUGAA